CUGUGAAUUUCAUUUAGGGCCUUGUUCCUUUAAAAACCGAAACGCCGAGGCCCCAGAUGAAGACCGUAACAACUGUCCCUAGCGGCGGGCGAGUCAGUUACACGAAGUGCGAAGCAGCGCAACCAUCUAACGGCGAAUACCAGAGUAAUUCGCAUCGAGGAACUGAAAUGGCAAAUCUUCAUUUUCUUUUAUUCCUGAAAGUGUGCGCUUUGGCGGAGGUUGCUGCUCGAAACGAUGGUUCUGGGAUAACUGAGCAGUACCAUCACAAUGAGGUCACACUGGAAGAGGAGUACUAUACCCCCCAGCUUGACUAUAAAGAGCCACGGUGGUGCCACCCCCUGAGCCUUAGGAACGGAGAGGUCACCUGCUUCUCCCCCCGUGGGGGCUACUACCGCAGCACUCUGGGCACCCGCUGCGAGCUGACCUGCGAUCGCGGCUUCCGGCUGCUGGGCCGUUCGUCCGUGCAGUGCAUGCCAAACCGCCGCUGGUCGGGGACUGCGCACUGCCGCCAGGUGCGUUGCCGUGUGCUGCCGCUGAUCUUUCAUGGCACCUACAGCUGCACCGACAGCGUGCUGGUGAACUCCAGGUGCAGCUACAUCUGCAACCCCGGCUACCAUCUGGAGGGCGACCACACCCGUAUUUGCCUGGAGGGGGGACAGUGGAGCAGCAGGGAGCCCACCUGUACAGAUCGGGACCCACCGAAAAUCCAGUGCCCCCUGUCACGGGUGCGAGUUGCUGAGCAAGGCAAGCUGACUGCAAAGGUGUCCUGGGAUGCCCCCGUUGUCAAGGAUACCGCUGACGUCUCUGCAGUAGAAGUGAUACUUGUGGGUCCAAAUUCGGGUUCCCAUUUUGAGGAGGGGGUGCACGUUAUCCAGUACAAAGCUUACGACCAGGCCAGGAACAAAGCCUCCUGCAAAUUCAUCGUUCGAGUGGAGGUGAGGAGAUGUCCCGCCCUUGUGGCCCCACUGCACGGACGCCUCACCUGCUCUGCCGACGGGGAUAACUACGGGACGGAGUGCGAGUACCACUGUGGGGCUGGCUACGAGAGGCAGGGCCCCGCCCUGCGCACGUGUCUGUCUGACUGCAGCUGGUCUGGGGAGGCGCCGAUGUGCGUGCAACUGCCCAUCAUCACAACGGAUGUCAGGACUGCCGCCGCCCUGCUGGACCAGUUCUACCUGAAGAGGAACCUACUCGUCGUUUCGUCUCCCAGCAGUACUGACCAGUACUAUGGCCUCCAGAAGCUGAUGCUGGAGAAAGCGGAGUGUGGACUGGACAUGAGGGAGGUGACCGUCAUCGAGCUGGUGGGACGGGCCCCACAUGCCGUGGGCUACCUGAAGGGUCGGCCCCUCCAGCCUGAAGUGAUCAGAGGUCUCCGGCAGAACCUGAGAAUCUCCAGGACGUACUUCUCCAUGGUGCUCCUGGACAAGCGGGGCGUGGACCGUGAGCGUUUAGUUGACCCCACCUCCUCAGAUGAGCUCUACUCCCUCAUCGACAUGUACCUGCUGAAUGAAGAACAGCGCCACCAACUGGACGAGUACAGGGACUUGUGUGACUGAGCUACCAGUUGCUACAGGAAGGUGGCUUUAUGUACUAGGCUGCCCUCUGGUGGCUGACUUUGGACCACAUGUUCAAGGAACUCCCUAGGGGUCGGGACAGGCUUUUUGCUUAGUGACGCUGGUCUAGAAUCUACUGAAACUUACACAAUACUUCCUUUGUCGGUCUCCCCCCAGUGGGCAGAACUAACAGUGCAAUAGGUGUGUCAGUUAGUCCACUGUGUGUCCGGAUGUUAAAGUCCAGCGAUUUGCAUCAAGUAGAAAUUAGUAAUAUUAUUAACAGAUAUGUACACAAGCAGAGUGCCAGGGAUGAGAUGGCAGGACUCUCUAGAUGCCCUGACUUAUAAGUGGACAGGCACUGGCCCUGAAGUUAAAUAUACUUAUUUAUUAAGACAACAAUUUGAUAUAUCGGCAUACAACUACCUUCCAAUCCCUUGGUAAUUGGUUGUUUUCUAUGUAUAUUGAAUAAAAAUCAAUUUUUUUUUAACAUAAA